AUGGUUACUCAUAGGGGAAUUGAGGUUAACUCCGACCAGAUCAAGGCUAUAAAUGAUCUAAAACUACCGCAAAAAGCAAAAGAGGUCCAAAAGCUCACUAGGAUGAUCGCAGCCCUUACUCGAUUCAUUUCCAGGUCGGCGGAUAGAUGUAGACCGUUCUAUCUCUUGAUCAACAAGUGGAAAGGGUUUGAGUGGUCUGAGGACUGUAUUGUGGCCUUUCAGCAACUCAAGGAAUAUCUAUCUCGGCCACCCAUCAUGUCCAAUCCCGAGGCCGAUGAGAUCUUGUAUGCCUAUAUUGCUGUGGCCCCCUACACUAUGAGCUUGGUGCUAAUACGGGAUGACAAUGGCCUUCAAAAGCCAGUCUAUUACGUGACCAAGUCACUGCAUGAAGCUGAGGUCAGAUACUUACCCCUAGAGAAGGCCAUACUGGCUGUGGUCCACGCUACCCGAAAGCUUCCCCAUUAUUUCCAAGCCCACACAGUGGUUGUUCUAACCCAACUACCCUUAAAGUCUGUACUUCGAACCACUAAUUACACUGGAAGGAUUGUCAUAUGGUGCACAAUUCUGAGAGCUUUUGACAUUAAGUACAUGCCUCAGACCUCUAUAAAGGGCCAGGUCCUAGCUGACCUGGUGGCCGAAUUUGCUGAACCACCAGUAGAAAUAGCAGCAAAGAAGCGGAACAUGGAUGGAAAAUCGGUUGGAGUAAUCUCUACGCUAGGACCUCCGUGUUGGAAGGUGUACGUUGAUGGCGCGGCAAAUCAAAGAGGGUUCGAAGUGGGGCUAGUCCUAAUAUCCCCUGAGAAGACUAUCAUAGAGAAAUCCUUGAGACUUGGGUUCUCGGCCACGAAUAACGAAGCCGAGUAUGAGGCCUUACUGCAAGGAAUUGCCAUGGUGCAGAAAAUGGGAGGAAAAGUAGUGGAGAUGUUCUCGGACUCGAGACUAGUAGUGGGCCAGGUGAAGGGAGAGUUAGAGGCCAGAGACGCAAGGAUAAGUGGAAAAACUUAUGCAGAUUCACUGACCACGCUUGCCACCUCCUCGGCAGGAGGUUUGCCUCGAAUUAUUCUUGUCGAGCAUCUGGAUAGAGCAAAUGAAGCAGCCAAAGGCAUGGUCCAUAUCCAAGAGGUUAGAGUGGGCCCUAACUGGAUGGACCCUAUGGUGAGGUUCCUCAAAGAUGAUAUCCUGUUCGAGGAAAAGUCAGAGGCUGAAAAGAUACGAAGAAAAGCUCCUCGGUUCUGGUUGUCCGAGGACCACAAAUUGUACAAGCGCUCUUAUUCCGGGCCAUAUUUACUGUGUGUCCACCUUGAGGCAUCAAAACUACUGCUUGAAGAGCUGCACAAAGAGAUCUACGGGAGUCAUACAGGAGGAAGAUCUCUGUCGCACCGAGCCAUUACCCAAGGAUAUUGGUGGCCGGGGAUGCAGAAGGAGGCCUUGGAAUACGUUAAAAAGUGUGACCAGUGCCAAAAGUUUGCCCCAAAUAUUCAUCAGCCAGGCGGGGUCCUCAACCCUUUGUCCAGUCCAUGGCCGUUCGCCCAAUGGGGCCUGGAUAUUGUAGGCCCUUUCCCAAAGGUAGCAGGAAAUAAGAGAUAUCUACUGGUCGGCAUAGAUUACUUUACCAAAUGA